AUGAACGUGGAUGCUAAGAACGGCUCCCCCGUAGGAGACCUCGGGGAUCGCGACUCCGCUGAUGUCACCGAAUAUUCCGAGCAUAUGGAUUCUGUAAAGUCCAAGUCUAAUGGCGAUAGCAAGGCGGAGAGCCGCAAAGCUGCCAAUGCCAAGGACCCGUCGCGACCGCGACGAAAGAAGGCCCGCCGAGCUUGCUUUGCAUGCCAGCGGGCUCAUUUGACAUGCGGCGACGAACGACCGUGUCAACGCUGUAUAAAGCGUGGCCUUCAAGACGCAUGCCAUGACGGCGUUCGCAAGAAGGCCAAGUACCUCCACGAUGCUCCAGAUGGAGCACUCAUGCCAGCCGUGAGUGGCAACAACCUAUACAACAACACUCUCCGCAAUAAUCUGCCCUCUAGAAAUGGCUCGAACGUAACAAGCUCGAACCAACAGCAAACGAAUCCUUCCAAUAACAACUUCUACCCGACGCCGCCACAACCCGGUUACAAUGUAUACCAAGAUCCUCCUCUGAGUCAAAGUCCUUUCACCACACAAUCCCCCGUGUCGCCUACCUUCAACAUGAAGACCAGCACCAAUGGCCGCACUCCUAGUCAUUCAUCCACCGUGAACCAGCAACCAACUCCCAAUACCGCUCUCCCUGGGGAUGCCAAUCAACCCCAGAACCCGAAUCCCUUUGCAGGACCAUUCUUCGACCCUAGCGAUCCCGCGCUCUUUAACUUCGACCUAUCAAGCAUGAACUUCGAGAACCGUUAUGGCGCUUUGGAAUUUGGCAUGCUCGGCCACAUGGCCACUGGGGCUGGAGACUCUCCGACUGAUUCCGCAGGGCAGCGAGGAUCGAUCGGCCGCAGUGGAUCAGCCCAGUUCUCCACACCAGCUCCUGGAUUUGGGGAAAGCCCGGGGAAUCAACAGCCAUUCAUGUUUGGCGACCCUCUCCUAAACGAAUGGUCGACUGGUCCGGCCUCGGGUCAACAUGUGAAUGUUGGCGGUGUGUAUGGCCAGAACGGCAUGCUCCCCGAACAUAUGAAAGCAAAUGCACCACAUGCAUUUGCCAUCGAGAGUGGCCCUGCCAACUUUACCAGCCCUGGCUCGGCCCAAAGUCCGAACAUUGCAACUGGCUUUGAGGAUGGCACGUUCAACAAUGUUCCUUCCAAGUCUAACAGCCUGGCGCCCAAUGGACAACGCCAGGUGACUUCCGCUUCGAUCCUGAAACACCCGAACCUGCAGAUCGGCUCUAAACGGCGUCAACGUAAUCCUUCGUCAAUAUACGAGAGUGUCAAGGAGCCAUAUGCUUACACCAGUGGUUUCCACAAUCUCACUGCUUUCAUACAACGGCGUUUCACACCACAAAAAACCGUGCGCAUCGCCAAGGCCCUCGCAUCUAUUCGACCUUCCUUUAUCGCAACUACUAAAACUCUUAAUCGCGAUGAUCUCAUCUUCAUGGAGAAGUGCUUCCAACGCACACUCUGGGAAUACGAAGACUUCAUCAAUGCAUGCGGUACACCGACCAUCGUCUGCCGACGCACCGGCGAGAUCGCCGCCGUAGGCAAAGAAUUCAGCAUCCUGACCGGCUGGAAGAAAGACGUGCUCCUUGGCAAAGAAGCCAACCUCAAUGUUAACACGGGCGGAUCAGGUGUGCCACAAUCCGGGACAACAUCCCGCGGCAGCUUCACACCGCGCAGCUCAACAUUAGAGAACCAAGGCGGACGCCCGCAGCCAGUUUUCCUGGCUGAACUCCUCGACGACGACAGCGUCGUUGAGUUCUAUGAGGACUUUGCCCGUCUGGCAUUUGGUGACUCUCGUGGUAGUGUCAUGACGAAGUGCAAGCUACUUAAAUAUAAGACCAAGGAGGAUAUGGACGGUGCCCAGUCUGAUGAUCAUGGCAAGUGGAAUAGCCAUCUCCGCAAGGGUGGUAUUGCCGGUGAGGCUGGUAUGAACCAGCUUGGGUUCAAGGAUGGAAAGGUCGAAUGCGCGUACUGCUGGACAGUCAAGCGAGAUGUGUUCGAUAUUCCGAUGCUUAUUGUGAUGAAUGUGAGUCCAUCCAUAGGUGGUGUGGCUUGUGUGAUGUGA